UGUACCAAACCUAUCCAAAAUUUCAUAUCACAGCUCUUUUCGUAGACUCUCUCUCUGUUCUCUCAAUCGAUCGAAUCGAUUCGAUUCUUCAGAUAAUCAAUCAAUCUAAUGGCGGAGAAGACUUUCAAGUACGUGAUUCUCGGCGGUGGCGUCUCUGCUGGUUAUGCGGCUAGGGAAUUUGCCAAACAAGGAGUUAAGCCAGGCGAGCUUGCAAUUAUUUCCAAAGAGGGGGUUGCUCCUUAUGAACGUCCAGCACUCAGCAAGGCAUACCUGUUUCCUGAGUCACCUGCAAGACUUCCAGGGUUUCAUGUCUGUGUUGGAAGCGGGGGAGAGAGGCUGCUUCCGGAGUGGUAUGCACAGAAAGGAAUUGCAUUGAUCCUCAAUACAGAAAUAGUGAAAGCAGAUCUUGCUACAAAGACUCUCGUUAGUGCUGCUGGAGAAACUUUCAAUUAUCACUUCUUGAUAAUCGCAACUGGUUCUUCAGUUAUAAGGUUGACAGACUUUGGUGUACAAGGUGCUGAUGCCAAAAACAUCUACUAUUUGAGAGAAAUUGAUGAUGCUGAUAAACUUGUAGAAGCAAUUCAGGCGAAGAAAAAUGGAAAGGUUGUGAUUGUUGGAGGAGGAUACAUAGGUCUUGAGCUGAGUGCAGUGAUGAAGUUAAACAAUCUCGAUGUCAACAUGGUUUACCCAGAACCGUGGUGCAUGCCUCGGCUUUUCACAGCAGGUAUAGCUGCUUUCUACGAAGGUUAUUAUGCAAAUAAGGGAAUUAAAAUUAUUAAGGGAACUGUAGCUGUUGGGUUUACUGCUGAUGCAAAUGGAGAGGUAAAGGAAGUAAAACUUAAGGAUGGUAGAGUGCUGGAAGCAGACAUUGUUGUUGUUGGAGUUGGAGGUAGACCUCUUACCACCUUAUUCAAAGGACAGGUUGAAGAGGAGAAAGGUGGAAUUGAGACCGACAGUUUCUUCAAAACAAGUGUUCCACAUGUAUAUGCCGUGGGGGAUGUUGCUACUUUCCCGAUGAAAAUCUACAAUGAAAUGCGAAGGGUUGAACAUGUUGACCAUGCCCGUAAAUCUGCUGAGCAUGCUGUGAAGGCUAUAUUUGCAAGCACAGAAGGGAAGUCAAUUGAGGAGUAUGACUACCUUCCAUUCUUCUAUUCCCGUUCCUUCAAUCUGUCAUGGCAGUUCUAUGGCGACAAUGUUGGCGACACUGUUCUAUUUGGAGACAACAGCCCAACAUCUGAAAAUCCCAAGUUUGGUUCAUACUGGAUCAAAGACGGGAAGGUAGUGGGUGCUUUUCUGGAGAGUGGGACUCCUGAAGAAAACAAGGCUAUUGCCAAAGUUGCAAGGGUCCAACCCCCAGUUGAGAGUUUGGACCUAUUGGCAAAGGAUGGUCUCACCUUUGCCUGCAAGAUUUAAAAAUGCCAGGACUCGGAGGAUGUCAGAACGACGGGUUUCUAUCGUUUGCCCGGUUUUCAUUAUUUAUCAAGCCUUGGCGAUGUUGGUAUUAUAUUAUAUAAACUGAUGGUUUGUUCAUUUGCUAGUCAUGAUAGUAGUCGACUCAAGACUUUAUACUCUAAAAGAUGUUUUUUUAUGGUUUAUCUGUAUACUCUGUCUGUGAGUUUUACAGCUUUGUCUGGAUUGUUA